GUUGCGCCGCAGCGGCGUUCAGCGAUCUCCCUCCUCCCACUCAGAGACAGGAGACUUCACCCCGGGCUCCGAGACCGAGAAUGUCGUCCUCCGCGGCCUUUUAUCUUCUGUCGACCCUGGGAGGAUACCUGCUGACCUCGUUCCUGUUACUGAAAUACCCGACCUUGCUGCACCAGAGGAAGAAGCAGCGAUUCCUCAGUAAACACAUCUCCCACCGCGGAGGUGCUGGGGAGAAUUUGGAGAAUACAAUGGCAGCCUUUGAGCAUGCAGUUACAAUUGGAACUGAUAUGCUAGAACUGGACUGCCAUAUCACAAAAGAUGAACAAGUUGUAGUGUCACAUGAUGAGAAUCUAAAGAGAUCGACUGGGGUCAAUGUAAACAUCUCUGAUCUCAAGUAUUGUGUAACAUGCCAAUGUGAAGGAAAGGAUACCCGAAUUCCAUUACUGGAGGAAGUUUUUGAAGCCUUUCCUAACACCCCCAUUAACAUCGAUAUCAAAGUCAACAACAAUACGCUGAUUAAAAAGGUACUCAAAUCAUUGCCUCCUCUUGGACUUUGGCUAAAAGAACCACACACCAUGUCCAGAAGUCAAAAGUUUGUCAUCUGGCUUUCCGAUGUCUUAUUAAUGAGGAAAUCUUUAUUUGACCACCUCACUGCGAGAGGCAUUCAAGUGUAUGUUUGGGUAUUAAAUGAUGAACAAGAGUACAAACGAGCUUUUGAUUUGGGAGCUACUGGAGUGAUGACAGACUAUCCAACAAAGCUUAAGGAUUUUUUAAAUAACUUUUCAGCCUAGGAACAGAUACUCAGAAGUAUCUUGAAAAGACCUAAGAAAAAUAUGUCACCAUCACUUCUUAAAGAUACUUCCAGAAUGGUAAAAGGUUUAAUCAGUUAAGUUUUUAUUACCUCAUUUUUAAGUCUGAAGGAGAACGUAGAAAUUGUACGUUGUCUAUUUAUUUUAAACAGUAUGGCAUACUUUAUAAAUCAGUUAGAAAGAUAACAGUUAUGUUAGUAAAAGAUUAUUGAUCAAGAUGUCUCUAUAUGAUGCAGUAUUCUACUGUGAUAAGUGAUUCUGAAAUCAAAGACUUGGAUAAAUUUGGCAAUCGUUCUCACUGGAAUAAGAUCAGCUAUUUUAGUAAAAUAAAAUUAUUGAAGGCCAUUA